UGAACAAAGGAGGAGACCCGCGUUCAAUCAAGUUAUUCUCUUAGUUCUGAGUCGUUGGUGGAACAGGCCGUUGCCACGAUUCAAGAAUGAUUGCAAAGAGCUAGUUGAAAUCUACAGGGAAAAAGGGUUGGCUGAACUCAUGGGCAAUCCACUUCUUUUGAAAAUCAUUGUCGAAAUUAGUGGCUCUGAUACGGAAAACAAACUGAGCUUGUACGAAGUUUACGAAAAUAUCGUAAAAAAAGCAUUGCCUAUACUCAUGACGGACCUAAACCCAGAUGCUUACGAUUACAAAGUAUUUCUAGAUAAAAGUUUCAAUGACAUGAAAAAAUUAUCUGCCAAUUUUCUCGGCACCGCCAUCGACCCCGAAGUCGAUGAAGACAUUUUGGCGAUCUACAAUGAACUUCAUUUCGUUCAUCAAUCGUUUACUGAUUUCCUUGCAGCCGCGUUCAUCUGCGAUUGUCUUCCGGAUGGAGUCCAGAAGUUUCUAAAAUUGAAGAACUCUUCUCCAAGUUGUUAAAGGCCUCGCUUGAAUUGGUUUUCUAACUUAAAAGUUAUUUAUUCAGAUUCGAGUCGCCAAAAUGGAAUCACAAUUUGAAAAAAAAUAUAUAUUCUUUCUGAAAGAUUAUAUUUUAAUUUUGUGAAAAUUUAAUAAACACGUGUUGGUUUAAUACUGAAUAAUACGCACAGCUAUUUUUUCAUAAAAAAAUAUCCCGAAAUAAAAGUUUUUACUCAUUAUUCACCUUUGUAGCAUAAUUAAUAUGUUGCUUAAAUGAAAAUUGAACCUCAAUUGCCUUAUCUCACGUCAAAGUACAAAUUGCAUUAGAGAUAUGACCCUGUCUGUCAAAACAUCAAAUAUGUUACUUGUUAUGUUAUCUUAAAAUAAGAUAAUAAAAACAUCGCACAAUUCGUCUUUUCACGUACGUAGAUAAAGAGAGCUAGUUUUUUAUUCACAAUUCAGUCAUCAUUGCCGCUAUUUCCUCAUCAGUACAUGCAAUAAAAUUCGGUGACAAACAAAAUUAGCAGAGCAGACCUUGCUCUCGUAGAGCGAAAGGAUAUUAAUUAUUGAAGUGUGAGGAAAAAUUUUAAUAUAUUUUGCAAUAUCAGUCUUCAUAUAUGCCGUAAACAAAUCGAAAAAAAAACGGCCAAAUUGUAGCAAAAUGAAUGGCCGUGACGUAACAGCAAUGAUGGAUAACGUGAUUAAAAAAGGCAGUCCCUAUCCAAAUAAUGAACCGGCUAAAUUGGGAUAUUUUGAAACGGAAGAAGGCACGCAAGAAAAAGCGGACAACGUGUUGGUGCUGGUCGUGCACUUUGACUUCAAGGAGGGCAAAGACGACUGGCCACGGCCGGGCGACGAUAAGGACGUUCAAAACCUGAGGGAGGCUUUUGAAACAAACAGGAAAUGCAGAUUCCGUGAGAGGUUGUCGCCGACAAGGGAGGACCUCAUUGAUUUGCUCGAAGACGGACACAAAAUUAAAAGGCUCUUCGAAUCGGACGAUUUGGAGCCGGAUUUGUUCUUUUUGAUAAUUCUGUCUCACGGAGCUGAAAACGGAAUCAUUUUCACGGACACCCUUGAUCGCAGCUCACAAACAAACAAAUACGAAACCUUCACCACCAAAGAAGUCAUCGACUCCAUCGGAAAUUUGUUUCCAAAAUGCCUCAAAUUCGUGAUCCUUGGACCCUGCAGAGGUCGAACAGAAGAUACAUUUCUUCACUCCCGAUCUAAACUGAAGCUACAAAAUAAUGUUACGAAAAAACAAAACUUUGGCAGAAUUUCCAUUGAAACAAAGAUACGCAACCUUUUCGUUCUCUAUUCCACUGUUGAAACCACAAUGUCAAACAGGGAUUCCGAUUCAGGCACUUGGUUGGUAAAAUUUUUGUGCGAGCAGUUGAACGAAAUGACGGAAAACGAGAGCGUUUUGAAAUUUUUGACAGGAACGCUGAACAGAGUUCACCAAGAAACUGCUGAAAGCUCAAGCGGACAGACGCCGGAAUUCCAUUUGUUUACUUGUGAUAAAAAAUUUUGUUUCCUUCCCCUUGAUUUAAGCAAUCAGGAGAAUUCGAUUCACUUUGAUUGGUGGAAUGAAAAGUCAAACUCCGUUCUUAGGAGAAGACGUGCCAUCAUAUUUCAUCAAGGAGACGCAAAUAAUAAAUACAUUAAAAAUCUAGAAAAUGCUUUGGUUAGAAAUCUCAGUUUUGAAACUGUUAUAUCGGACAUUAAUACGGUAGACCAUUACUUGGGCAAACAAGAAAAUGUUUCACGCCCUGUCAACAUGGUCGGUGUAUUCCUACACGGUGUAGCGCUACCCCUCUUUUACACGCGUGUAGAAGACGUUUAAAAGAGGUAUAGCUCUAGCGCGCUAGGUCUGCACGCAUAAUAUGCGGUUUUUACACCUUAAAGAUAUGCGUAUAAUAUUCGUACAGUAAAUACGUGCACUAAAUAUUUCAUUCAAAUCAAAUUAAAAUUCUUAUUUCUUUUAAUUUAAGUGUUUUAUGUACCCGGGUAGCACAAAUAAAAAUAAUUUUUUAGUCCUUUUUUUAAAA